CGGCCAAGACCGGCACCGGCACCAGCACCACCCCUCUCUCCCCCUUCACCAACCACCAUGGCAUCUCACGACUGCAUUGUGGCAUACGAGCCGGCGACCUGCGAGUUCCCCAUCCAGAACCUUCCUUAUGGUGUCUUCUCCACCGCUUCGGCGACGAGCCCUCGUGUCGGUGUCGCCAUUGGUGACAAGGUCCUUGACCUGGCUGCCCUCGCCGCAAAGGGCCUCUUCAACGGGCCACUUCUUGCCGACUGCGCCACCGACCUCUUCAACCAGCCCUCGCUCAAUGCCUUCAUGGCCACCAAGCCCGAGGUCUGGGCCGAGGCCCGCGCUCGCAUCACCGAGCUUCUUACUGCUGGAGCCGGUGCCCUCGAUGAGGCUACCCAGGCAGAGGUCCUCGUCGACAUGGCCGACAUCACCUCGCACAUGCCGGUCAACGUCCCCGAGUACAUCGACUUUUACUCGUCGCGGACUCACGCUACCAACGUCGGCACCCUCAUUCGCGGCGCUGAGAACGCGCUCCAGCCCAACUGGACCGCCAUGCCCAUCGGGUACCACGUGGCGUCGACUUCGCUGACCGUCUCGCCGGCCAAGAUUGUCCGCCCGUGGGUCCAGACCACCUCGCCGACCGACCCGACCGCGUUCUCGUUCAAGCCCGAGCCCGCACUCGACUUUGAGCUCGAGAUGGGCGCGUUUGUCGGUGGCCCGGCCAACGCGCAGGGCGUCCCGCUCCGCAUCAACGAGGCCCACGAGCGCCUCUUUGGCCUCUGCCUCUUCAACGACUGGUCCGCCCGCGCUGGCCAGAAGGCCUCGUACGUCCCGCUCGGCCCGUCCAUCAUCGGCAAGUCGUUCAUCUCCACCAUCUCGCCCUGGAUCGUCCCCUUUGCCGCCCUCGAGCCGUUUGCCGUCGCUGCAGAGGUUCUUGACAAGCCGCUCGCCCCGCACCUCCGCGACGACAACCACAUCGUGUACAACGUCGACCUCUCCGUCGACAUCAUCACCCCGGGCUCCAACGGCGAGGAACUGCCCAUCACGCGCUCCAACCUUACCUACCUCACUUGGACUCACGCCCAGCAGCUGACCAACCUCGCCUCCACCGGCGCCCCCAUCCUCCCGGGCACCCUCCUGGCCACCGGCACCAUCUCCGGCCCCAACCGCGAGCAGAACGGCUGCAUGCUUGAGAUCUCCAAGCUCGGCAAGGACCCGCUCGUCCUCCCCACCGGCGAGGAGCGCAAGUACAUUGCCGAUGGCGACGUCGUCGUCAUGCGUGGCGUCGCCCGCGGCGACGGCUACCAGAUCGGCUUUGGCGAGACCCGCGACGUUGUCGAGGCUGCCCUCCCGCCCAGCUUCUGGGGCAUUGAGGAGUAGCCGAUCUCUGCUCUCCCUCAA